AGUGGUUUUUCAGGAUGUGUUUGUUCAGCCUGUCUUAUCAGUCAGUGAGAAUAUAUGAUAUUGUUGUUGCUAUAGAAUUCGGGGGGAGGGGAGUGAUUUCAUUAAAUAGUUUGUAUAUUUUAUAACUGCAAAUCAGCACCGCACGGUUUUGUAUUUUCUAUUUGUAAAAUUUGUAUUUCAACAGUAGAGAGUGUAUAUAUGAAUGUCAUGAGUAUUGAGUUUUGAAAUGUUUCGUACGAAAGAAUACAGAGCACACGUCACGUGCUCAAUCAAGAAGGGCCGUCUCCCACAGUGUAAUGUUAGAGGUCAAGAUAUUGGAUGUCCAGUCAAAAUCGCAGAAAUUAGUAUCUGUGUAUAUAGGUGGUAAAAUUCCUGUAAUGUAAAACAAAGCCUAGAUACACAGAAGUGUGUUGGACAUUCUCAUAUUGUUACACUGCUCCAAGUGGCAUUAGAUUGUAAUUUCUAGAGAUUAUCACAAGGAGAAUAAUGAUGAGUGCACUUCAGCUUUUGCUGUUGGUUUUACCAAUAGCCUUGACAUUAAAAGAUGGACCUAAUGUCUGUACAAGAGAAGAAAUGGUUACCAGUACUGUAAGGGUUUCAUACAACAGACCUUAUCAAAUCCGUACUUUCACUUGGUGUUUAGCUUUUCCUCCCCGCUGUUCCAGAUAUAGGAUUGGUUACACAAAAGGCUAUAAGUUAGAUACAAAAUUGACCACAAAAACAGUGAAUGUUUGUUGUAAAGGGUACAUUCUUAAUGGAGAUGAGGACAGAUGUAUUUCUUUCUGUCACAAUUCCUGUAUUCAUGGAGUUUGUGUAGCACCUGAUACAUGUGAUUGUCAACCUGGCUGGGGUGGUGUCACUUGCAAUGUUUCAUGUCCUGAAGGAAAAUGGGGCCCUCUUUGUGAAAAGAACUGUGAAUGUAAAAAUAAAGCAAAAUGUGAUCCUGGGACUGGUGCAUGCACGUGUAAGCCAGGAUGGCAGGGUGCAAGUUGCUCCACUCCUUGUUCUAAGGGUUUCUAUGGAUAUGAAUGUACUCAGGCCUGUAAUUGUGAGAAUGGGGGCUCGUGUGAUCAUGUUUCUGGAGCAUGUUCUUGUCUUCCAGGAUUUACUGGAUCACUUUGUUCACGGCCAUGCCCUGAAGGAACACAUGGUAAUGAGUGUAGCAACAAAUGUGGCUGUCAGAAUGGUGGUACUUGUGACCAUGUGACAGGUCUUUGUACCUGUCCUCCUGGUUGGGUGGGAGAUGUAUGUGCUAAUCAUUGUCCAGUUGGGUUUUAUGGCAACAACUGUACCGAGAAGUGUUUAUGUUACAAUGGGGGUUCUUGUCACCACCUAACAGGAGGGUGUUUAUGUGCACCAGGAUAUAGAGGGGUAUACUGUCAAGAUCAGUGCCCUCUAGGAACAUUUGGAACUGACUGCUCAAAGGUGUGUGACUGUGAAAAUGGUGCUACUUGUAAUGUGUCCACAGGUGUUUGUGUUUGUCAACCAGGGUUCACUGGUCCUCGAUGUGAUCAAAGAGCAUGUCCUGAUGGUUUUUAUGGAAAUAACUGUGAAGGUAUAUGCCAGUGUCAAAAAGAAAAUAUGCUUAGUUGUCAUCCCAGGACUGGUAAGUGUGAGUGUAAACCUGGUUGGGAUGGGAAUACUUGCUCUCGACCAUGUAUGCCAUUGAUGUAUGGAAAAUAUUGCUCAGAACAUUGCAGUUGUCAAAAUGGAGCCCAGUGUGAUCCCAUUAAUGGCACAUGUAUUUGUGAACCAGGUUACACUGGAGUCAAGUGCGAGCUUCAGUGCAGUGAUGGACGGUUUGGAUUAGGAUGUUCUCAGAAUUGUUCUUGCAGCAAUGGUGGAAUUUGCUCUCAUAUUACUGGAAAGUGUAGAUGCCCUCCAGGAUUUCAUGGAGUUCACUGUGAUAUGCCUUGUCCCCGAGGAGUAUUUGGCGAUCAGUGUAGACAACCCUGUAAGUGUAUGAACGAUGCAAGUUGUGACCCUGUAACAGGAACUUGCACAUGUAAGCCAGGAUACAUGGGUUUAUUUUGUGAUGAGACAUGUCAGGAUGGACAUUUUGGUCUCAACUGUAGUUAUGAUUGUAAGUGUGAUUGGAGUCACUCCUUAGAUUGUGACUACAAAACAGGACAAUGUAGAUGCUCCAAAAAUUGGAAAGGCUUCCUGUGUUACAGUCAGUGUGAAAGAAAACUCUGGGGUCCAGAUUGUAAAAAGUUUUGUUACUGUGAAAAUAACUCUACGUGUCAGCAUGAAACUGGAAAGUGUAUAUGUGAACCAGGCUGGACAAGCAAAGCUUGCAAUAAAAAAUGCCCCCAUAAUUUCUUUGGCUACGGUUGCUCUCAGAAAUGUCCUCCUUGCACUCAUGCCCUGCCAGGCUGUGAUCAUAUUACUGGUCAGUGUUUGUGUCUUCCUGGAUAUACAGGAUUUACUUGUUCUGAAGCUUGCCCACUUGGCCUAUGGGGACAAGACUGUAACCGAGAAUGUAGCUGUAGAAAUGGAGGAGAGUGUGACCCAGUCACAGGAAGAUGUUCUUGUUUGCCAGGGUGGACAGGAACAGACUGCUCCACUCCUUGCCCAUCUGGGACAUUUGGUAUAGGUUGCAGCCAGAAGUGUAAUUGUCUUAAUCGGGGAAUCUGUCGUGGUAAUGAUGGAGUUUGUCGUUGCACCCCAGGUUGGACUGGUCUUCGAUGUUCUGAAAUGUGUCAAGAAGGAUUCUAUGGAGACCACUGUCUAAAAAGAUGUAAUUGCUCUGGAGAUAACUUUUUCUGUAGCCCAACCCUAGGAUGUGUUUGCAAGUAUGGAUAUGAAGGAAAAAACUGUGAGCUUCGAUUUAAAGAAAGUAUGGUCAGAACUUUUGAGGAUAAAGCACCAACUAACAGUUUAGGAGUGAUCGUAGGCGUAACAUUGGUAGCAGUAUUAAUCAUUCUUGUAAUCUUGCUUAUUGUGUACUACCGUCGCAAAGUCAACCGCCUGAAGUCUGAGCUAGUAUAUGUUACUUACACAGCUAAUCCAGUACCAUUGCCAGACCAGCAACAUUUUGACAACCCUGUUUAUGCUUGUAAUGCAACUAUAGGAACUAUGAACAACCAAGUUGUUAAACAUAUCAAAAAUGACUUAACCACCAAAAGCAACAUUGAAAAAGCGAAGCUUGGAUAUGAUGAUGAUGAUGCAGAGUCGAAUAUAUCCGAGAAAGGUGCUUGUGGUACAUCUAUAUAUGAUGAGCCUAACAGGAGAAAGCUGAAUGAAGUAGACUAUAAUCCUAAUAUCUACCACAGUAUAGAUGAUUUUAAACCCCAAGUGGCUAAGAAUUCUUCUUUCUACGAAGAACUGAAGACAGAAGAAACUCAUAGUGAUUCUGAAUAUGACCAUCUCCAAUAUGAUCGACCAAGAUCUCAAAAAAAAUCUCAUUAUCAGUCAGUCGGUAGUAAGUCAUCUAGAUUCAAAGAAUGAAUAAAACCAUAAUUCGGUGUAUGGAAUUUUAGUCAGUACAUAGUUAUUAUCUAAAAAAGUAGGUAAAAAUGCCAAUGACUUUUUUUUUAGAAAGAUUUUUAAAAAUGUUAAGAAAAUGAAUAUAUUUUAUGAGGGUAACUAUAACUUGACUCCUCAGUGAUGAGCAAAAUACAAUCCAAGUAGAGUUAACGUUGGGACCAAUUGUCUUCAGUUUGUAGUACUAUGUAAUUACUUUUUGCUGAAAAUGUACUUUAGUGUCAAUGCAAAUUUCAAUAACAAAUUUUUUUUUUGGAAUUUCUGUUUUUCACUUAAAUGUGAAAAAUCAUUUGUUGAACAAUAAUCAGUAUUCUACUUCAUUUUUUGAUACAUAGAGGUGUUUAUGAAUGAGAUCUGGUUCAAAAAACAAUAUUUUUUGUGUUCUAAAUAACUUUUUUUUAUAAGCAGAACAAAUACUGUAGUAUAUGUAAUAAUUACCUAACAGUAACUACCAUUUUUAACUGAAUAUUAUCCUUGAAAUAGUACUUUGUUUCACAAUUUAUGUUAAUGUUAUUAAUAGUUGAAAAGUAUGGUUUUAUGUAUUCACUAAUUCAAGACAGCAGAAUUAGACUUGAACUCAUGCAUGAAGUACAUAGGUAAUUAGUUAGUCACAUUACAUAAUUUUGUUUUUAAAGUGAAUAGUCAUAUUUUAUCACAGGAACAAAAGUAAGUAUUGAUCUCUCAAAGAUUAUGGUAACAAAUUUUGAAGAUUCUUAAUCGCAUGAUUGGUGAUUUUAAAUUUUGACUUGCAUUAAAACACCCUUUCAUGCACAUUUCAAAAAAUACUUUUCUCAUUAACAUUACCUAGGCUUAACCCUUGUAUUUAACUCAAAUUUUGUUCAUCAUCCUAUUUAAUGUUUUUCUACAAGAUCGAUGCUCCUGACAGAGGUAUCAGAACUGGGGGUGCUAAAGCACUCCCACUUUACAUAUUUGACUUGUAUAGCAACUGUAAAUUAUAUUAAUUUUCUGGGAAGAGGCAAGCCCCAGACCUUACUAGAUUGAACUGCCCUUGUCAGUACGGGAGCUUCUUUUAGCAGCUCCUUAUACCUUCAAUCUCUCUCACUAAAAUCUGCAUGUCUAACCAAUCACCCCCACCCCACAACUCCUCCUAUACCACUGCCUGAUGCUUUCCAAAAAAUUAAUUUAUAUUUUUCAUCAAAUCUCUCAAGGGUUAAUAAAUCGUGAUUAUUGCAAUUAAAUAUUCAGAUAUUUUGCCCACACGCAAAACUCCCUAUAUGCCAAUAUAUUGUAAGUUAAGUAUCUAUACUAUACAGUUACCAAUUGAUUUGUAGAGUAAUGCAAAGCUUUAUAGUCUUCAUACAUGCUGAAUUUUAAGCAAAGCUAUUUAUAGUGUGCUUCACAGCAUUUGUGAGAAUGUUAUUAAAAUAUGUUUGUUCAUUGUACAGCUUGCAUAUUGCAUUUCCUUAACCUCUAAAGCCUCUGAAAUGCAUAUGUGUUUUUUUUUGGUAUUUUUGUAUAUUUUAUUGGGUAUUUACUCUCCUCUACUAUGAACUAUCCCUGAAUUAGCAGUCAAGUUAAUUAAGUUAAGUGAAUAGUUGAUAACUCUGACAUCAAAUAAAUAAUAUCAUGUUAAAUGGUGAUCUUUGACUUCCACCAGUGCAUAUGUGGUUAAUCAACUGAUUUAGUAACAUUGUUCAUUUAUUACAUUGUUUUCUAAUGGUGUGCUAUACUUAGAAUGUUAGUCAUAAUGAUUAUUGUUAAAAAUGUUACCAUAUGAAAAGAAUAUUUAAAUAUUUUUUACUAAACACUUAAAAGUUCUAUUAUCUGCUAUUUAAUAUUUGUAACUUGCCCACUUAUAAUUUUUUAUAUGUUAAUACAAGGUUAUCGAAAGCCAGUUAUAAAUUUUUUAAUAUUUUUUGCUUUCGUUGAUGGUAAUUUUUGAAAGAUUUUUUGUCAUGCCUUUAACACUUAACUCAGAGUUUAGAGGUAAAAUUAUUUCAACAAUCAGGAUAAAAGUAUAAUCAUUAAAAACACAAGAUGUGUUUAUUCUGUGACUCCUAAUAGGUGCUAUAUUCCUUUUACUAAUGAAAAGUUUUUUUUAUUCCAAAAUCGUUUUAUACAACUCUUUUAAUUCAUAGUUGAAAACUUUGGGUCACAAAUAUUUACUUCUUUGUAUUUCCAUGUAUUGUAUCAUUUGUACAUUAUAUACUUUAAAUUGGAGUAUGAAAAAAAUAUAUGUGAAAAACAUACAUUGUAGUUUAUGUUACACAACUCUAAAACAUUCAUAUCAUCAGGUCAUUAUUUAACUUGUGUAUCUAUCCAUUAAAAUGGAACAAAAAAUAAUUAUGUUGAAUUUGAGAUAACUUUAAAAAGCUUAUAAUGCUUAAAGUAGGCUGUUCUGCCUUUGAGAGAAUGUAAAAGGGUUAAAACCUUCAUUGCAAAAUCUCUAUAACCAGAGCUGAAAUAUUGUUAGUUCUUGUCUCAGAUUGUUUACCAAUAAACAUUCAACAAAUAGUUUUUCAUCAGCUCGACUAAAAUUUUGAAGAAAGAUAAGAAUACUAUGUUCUAGAGGGUGGAAGAGGAUACAUUUAUAGUUGACCAAUGAUUUACAUUAAAUGAGACUUAUAACUAAGGUUAUAGAAUCACCAAAAUAUUCAGGGAACAGUCUCCUAACCUGUUGAAUUGUUUGAUUGCUUCUAGUUGUCAGGGGCAAGAAAUACACCUUACUUGAAAUUAAAUAAAACAAGCUUUGUUAUUUGGAAAUAUGUACUGUACAUAAAAUAACCUUAGAAAAAUAUGUAAUAAAAUAUUUUUAAAAUAUGUAGAAACUUCCAACACUGCUGUUAUUUAAGAUCACUCGAUGUUUAAGAAAUACCACUGCUAUAAUAUCACACAUUAGAAAUCAACAGUUGUUGCCACUGUUCUCAUUAUCAACUACAACAAAAUUAUGGCAUUUAGUCAUUGUAAAUAGUGUAGAAAAUUAAUACAUUACUCUAAUUUUGUGGAAAUAUUUAAUUUACUAUGCUGCCUAGUGAAAGUUUGUAAGUUGGGUCUCUAGGAUUUAAAAUAAUAUCUUUGCUGGAGAACAGUAACAUUGCCCAUAAAGUGUCUGUCUUUGUGUAAUAAAGUUGUAUUUAUAUUACGCAGUUUUAAUUUUUUUUAAAUAUACUAAAUUAAUAUGAAGUAACAUAAGCUUACACUCAUUCAAGUAACUCAUCUCUAUAUGCAAAAACAAUGAAGAAUUAUAACAAGAUAAAGCUCAGCAAGUUUUUUUAUUUGUUUUUUCAUGAGGGUAACAUUGUAUUAAUGAUGAAUGUUUUUAUGUAAGUUUGGUAAUUAGACUUCAGCUUUUUUUAAAUUUCCUAAUUAAUAGUGUACAUUACAAAGAGGGUAAACUGAAUGUAAACAUACUCAUGAAAAAUGCAAUAUUCAGAUAAGUACGGUACUUUCUAUAUUUAGUAAAAUAGUUUUUUCUCACUCCCUCUCUAUCUCUAAAUGGAUUCUAAACUUCAUUUUGGGUGGGGGUAAGGUUUACAGUUAUGCAUUUAUAAUUAAGAUAAUUAUUGUCUAGUGUUUAUUACAGUUUUUAUCUUUGUUUGGACAAAAGUGAUAGUACUAGCAAUUAACAAGUUUGUAUAUUGUCUAAAUAGGUAUGGGAAAUUAUUUUCCAAAGAAUUUUAGCUUGUGCGAAAUGUAGUCCUUAGUUUUGUCAUGACUAACUUCACAGAGUGUUGAAUAUAUACAGUAACUGUAUGGAUUGUUAAAAAAGAGAAUGCUACAAGAAAUAGGUAAAUCCUUGCAUUUGUAGAGUUUCCAUGAACAACAACAACAUUUUUUUCUAUAGUUACAUAUAGAAUUUAUACUUAACCCUUUUUCAAAACUUGUCCUGUUGCAGCUGAAUUGAUACUUUUGUAUUGUUUACCAUAGGUGGCAUUGUAGUAGCUAUAUCAGAAAUUGUUAAUGUUAAAAAGACUCUAUAACCUUAGUGCUUUUAGAAUGAAGACCUUUCUUCAAUGGAUGAAACCAAAAAAAAGUUAUGUGAUAAAAAGCACAGAGAAUAUUGGCUUUGUGGUAUUCUUCAUGACAGCUUGGAAGUAUGUUGUGUUGGUGUUUUGAUGUUGUAUGUUUCAUUACUAUGUUUUUGUGAUGACAGAUUGGAAGUAGGUAUGUUUGUGUUUUUAUGUUGUGUUUCCAUGAUUACAGCUUGGAAGUUACACGUUGGUGUUUUGAUGUACAAUUCAUUACUGUGUUCUAUUAAUGACAGCUUGGAAGUUACACUUUGGUGUUUUGAUGUACAAUUCAUUACUGUGUUCUAUUAAUGACAGCUUGGAAGUUACACUUUGGUGUUUUGAUAUAUGAUUCACUACUGUGUUCUAAUAAUAACAUAUUGGAAGUUACAUGUUGGUGUUUUGAUGUUGUAUGAUUCAUUACUGUGUUCUCAUGAUGAGGAAGUAUGCAUGUUGGUGUUUUGAUGUUGUAUGAUUCAUUACUGUGUUCUCAUGAUGAGGAAGUAUGCAUGUUGGUGUGUUGCUCCUGAUGAUAUGCCAAUCACAAACCUACUACUUGCCAAAACUCCUGAUGAAGGCCUACUUUCUAAAAGAACUUUGGGUAUCAGAUCGUUGUAACUGUGAUUUACAUAACUCUGUUUUUGUAUAUGCAAUUUAAGUAUCAUGAAGACUUCAUUAAAUGUAAUUUUUAAUUUUAUCUUUUAUACCUUAUAAGGCAAAUUUAUACAUGCAAUACCUUUGAAACAAAAAAAAAUUCUGAUGAAGUUUUACAAGCAUUCUUGAUUAUCUUUGUAUUAUGUUUAUUAAACGUUGUAUCUGUAAAAAAAAAUUGAA